AUGACAUCCACCUCCCAACCCCCGCCCUGGUACAACGCCUUCCCUGCACCCAUCAGCACCGCGGCGCUCCUCACCCAUGACGACGCCCUCUCCUCCCUCUCCGAUCCCGCCACAUCAGACAAUCUGCUCCUCGUGGAUGUGCGUCGAACAGACUACGAGGGCGGCACGAUCCAGGGUAGUUUGAACAUUCCCGCGCAGUCCUUUUACUGGAACCGAGCUGUGCUGUAUGAUUUGUGCAAAAGGGCUGGGGUGAAGAAGGUCGCUUUUUAUUGUGGCUCAAGUAGUGGACGAGGCCCGCGAUGUUCAGCCUGGUUUGCAGACUAUCUAGCCGACAAGGACGACAAGGAUAUACAGUCUCUGACUCUGGUGGGAGGAAUCAAAGCAUGGGUAAAGGCCGGGGAUAAGUACACAAACGCAAUGCAUGGCUUUGAUCCUGCGUACUGGAAGCAAUUCGAAUAG